GGUGAAGAGAAUGAAGAAGAAGAAGAAGAAGAAGAAAAAGCGAGACACCCGUUGCGCCCCGCGAGUAUGUGUAUUCGUUGCGCUCAAUGGUAUAGUCGGUGGAUGUUGUUACGUUAGUAUAGGUGCUCUCUCAUUGGUAUUGGCCGCGGCGGCAAGCGGCGUUCACACGUUUCCCGUCAUCCACUUCGAAACCGGGUCCUCAGUCGAGCGUCGUUCUUCGCCCGGGGUGGUUGUUAUCACGCGAUUCCAAUAAAAAACAAAAAAACCCCGUAUGAAAAAUAAUAAUAAUAAAUAAAUCAUUACCUUUGUUAUAACAAUUUUUUUUCCAUUGACACUAAAAUUCCAGACAGGUGUUUAUGUGUUUGUGAUUGUGUGUCAAAAAUUACACCUAAUUGCUGUCAAUUUACUUGUGUGACCUCAGAAUUUUAUUAUAUAAAGGGGUGAAGAUUCACUGUAAUAAUAAAAAAAAAAAAGAGAAAAAGAAAAAGAAAGUGAUUGUAAGAAACUUUGUCGAAAGAUUUUUGUUCUUCUUCUUCUUCUUGUAAUAUAAGAAACCUGUUGUGGUCGACAUUAGACUGGAUAUAAUGUAGUCGAUUAUGUAAUAUCAGGGUGGUCAAGAAAACGAUCGUUUUUAGAAUGCCUUUGUCUCCGAUACACGAACUUGUCGGAAUGCCGUCGUAACUUUUUGGGGAAAACGAGAGAGAAGAGGAGGGAGGAGGGGUUUCUCGAAGGAUACACAUAGUGAGUUUAAGUUUUGUGAAAGAGGCUGAAACAGAGAAAAGAAUAUAAAGAAGAGAGAAAGGGGGAGAGAGGAGGAGAUAAAGAAGAGAAAAAAGAAAAGAAAAGGAGAAAAAAUAACGAAGAGGAGUAUUCUCGAGGUUAAAUAUAAAGGAGUGGUGGACUCUCACGUGUGAGUGGAGUACCGUCACGUUUUAAAUGUUGGUGUGAAUUUGAAACAUAUAUACAUACAGGAAGAGAGAGAGGAAAAAAAGUUAAUACUGAAGGAGCACGAAUCGACCGUGAUUUUUUUUCGGCCAAAAAGAAGUGAAGAAGGAUGGAUCCGGAAAUUCUUUAUCAAAAUUUAAUCAUGAAGUGAUUUUAUUGAAACAAUUAAAAUGUACCCCACGCCGGCGAGACUUCCAGCCGCUGCCGGUGGCGGAGGAAGCGGUGGGGCUGCGGGAGGUUUGAAGUUCACGGUGGAUGCCACUUGUGAGAGAAUCAAAGAGGAAUUCAAUUACAUGCAGCAACAGUACCAUUCGUUGAAAAUGGAUUUCGAGAAGCUCGCAAACGAGAAGAAUGACUUGCAACGGCAUUAUACAAUGGUUAGAGAUUACGUCUAUUACGAGAUGUCCUGUGGCUUCAACAUAGAAAUAACUAAACAGACGGAGAUCGCAAAACGUUUGAAUGCUAUUAUUGCACAAUUACUUCCAUUUUUAGCACAAGAGCAUGGGUUGCAGCAUCAACAACAAGUGGCAAGAGCUGUUGAAAGGGCCAAGGAAGUCACUCCCACGGAAAUCAAUGCGAUAAUUGGGCAGCAACUGCAGCAGCAGGGUUUGCAAAUGCAACAACAAGGUCUGCAACAAUUAUUGCAACAAAUCCAAGCUCAACAAAUGGGAGGAAUGUCGCCUGUUGGAUUUUUGGGAUUUGCGGGGGCGGCUGCCGCAAUAGCCGGGGUGCCACCACAUCUUGGACCCCCCGCUCAUCCGGCGGCAAUAGCUGCUCAAGCACAGGCGCAAGCACUUCUUAAAUCGUCGGAUUUGCAACAUCGAAGCGCUGCUGCGACGCCCGAGGACCGUAAAUCAAUUACCAUUACUGAACUCAGGCGAUCCUCAUCACCGCCGGAAAAAUUUCGCACCCGCACCCCAGACCUUGAAAGCGAUCCUAAAAGGCGGAAAGAAGAGAAACUCACCCACGAAAGUGAUGGGGAAAAAAGUGACCAGGACCUUGUGGUAGACGUUGCCAGUGAGGAGAUAACGUCACCUCAUGCGAAUGGUGAACAUGUAGAGCCACGUGAAAAUGGUACUUUGGAGAAGCAUGGCUCUUCUGGCCAUGGCGGUCCAACUUCCGGUUCCGGUACGAUCUCUGUAAAGGACAGACCCCCGUCGCGAAGCGGAAGUUCUUCAGCACGGAGUACUCCCUCUCUGAAAAGUAAAGAUAUCGACAAACCGGGUACUCCGUUAGUGGGUUCGAGGGGCUCGCGCAGUUGUACGCCAACAUUGGGGGCAAUCCCUGGGCCGUUGGCGUCGCGAGUCCAUCAUCCGCCAUCCUCGCAGCAAACUCCACCUCAAGGUUUUCAGGGCUUGCCGUCCCGAGGCAAUGAACCACCGCAAUCACCUUCGCCAUACAACAGUUUACACUAUGGCAGGUCAACUAUGCUUGGAUUCGAUGGUCACGUGCGACUUCCUUCGAGCAAUGGACUAAGCAAUAUUCCAGGCGGUAAGCCUGCUUACUCCUUUCUGGUGAAUGGCGAGGGCCAACUGCAGCCGGUGCCGUUCCCGUCGGACGCCCUGGUGGCCUCGGGAAUUCCACGACACGCCCGUCAAAUCAACACCCUGACCCAUGGCGAAGUGGUGUGCGCGGUGACAAUUUCGAACCCGACAAAGUACGUCUACACGGGCGGCAAGGGCUGCGUGAAAGUGUGGGACAUUGGGCAGGGGAUCAACGGGACGGCGAACCCCGUCUCGCAGUUGGACUGUCUGCAGCGGGACAACUACAUCAGGUCAGUGAAGCUGCUGCCCGACGGGCGGACACUCAUCGUCGGGGGCGAGGCGAGUCAGCUGAGCAUCUGGGACCUGGCGAGCCCCACGCCCAGGAUCAGAGCCGAACUCACGUCCUCGGCGCCGGCGUGCUACGCGCUCGCGAUCUCGCCCGACUCCAAGGUGUGCUUCAGCUGCUGCAGCGACGGCAACAUCGCCGUGUGGGACCUGCAGAACCAGACGCUCGUGAGGCAGUUCCAGGGGCACACGGACGGGGCCUCCUGCAUCGACAUAUCGGCCGACGGCUCCAAACUGUGGACCGGCGGGUUGGACAACACCGUGAGGUCGUGGGACCUCAGGGAGGGCAGACAAUUGCAGCAACACGACUUCACGUCGCAAAUAUUCUCUCUCGGCUACUGCCCCUCUGGAGAGUGGCUGGCUGUGGGAAUGGAGAAUUCCAAUGUUGAGGUCUUGCACGCCUCGAAGCCCGACAAGUACCAACUUCAUCUGCACGAAUCUUGUGUGUUGUCUUUGAAGUUCGCCUCCUGCGGUAAAUGGUUCGUCUCCACUGGGAAGGACAACCUUUUGAACGCGUGGCGCACUCCCUACGGAGCAUCGAUAUUCCAAUCAAAGGAGUCAUCGUCAGUGUUGAGUUGUGACAUUUCGACUGAUGACAAAUUCAUCGUGACCGGUUCAGGUGAUAAAAAAGCCACAGUUUACGAAGUGAUUUACUAGACUGAAUUUAUUCAUAAUUAAGAUCUGUAAAAAUAUUGUUUUCUCUAAAAAAAACUUUUUUUUUUGCAUACUGUUACUGUUGAUCAAUUUUUCAAACUUUUUCCAAAACUCGAAAAAGUCAAAGAUACUCUAAAUUUCAAGAAUAUAAUUCAUUUUCUUAUUUUAAAACAAAUAAGAAAUUUAAAAAAAAUUUUAAAUAAGAAAUUUCGUUUAGAAAUGUAAACUUUGUGAUAGCCAGAAAUGAUCCUUUUGUGAAAAUUAUUUUGAAUUUAAAAUUUCAGUUGUAGAAUUAAAUAAGUAUUCUUUAAUUUAGAAUAUAUUUUUUUUUCGAGUUGGAGAAAAUUGAAAAAUGUAAUUUUUGAAAUUGUUCAUAAGUUCUGAUGUUUGUGUAUACAAUAUAUUUGUCGAGGAUCAAUUCAUAUACCGAAACAGAUAUUCCUACUGUCAGCACCAUUAAUGCGUUGUAUUAUUAAACACAAUAGUCAUUUUGUAAUCAAAACAAUGACCAUCGGCCUAUUUGGAUUCAAUUAAUAAUUGUUUUAGUGGAAAAUCACUAAAAAAAAUACUUCAAUUUUACGUUUUGUGUAAAGUUUUCUCUUUUAAUAUAGAAAUUACUAAAGUAAUUAAAAAAAUUGUACAAACAUUUUUAAAUAUAGAAUAUUAUAUAUAUUAUUGUAAUUGUAAAACUUUUACUUCGUUAAAUUGAAAAUUUUAUCGAAACAAAAUUUUUUAACACUUUAUUUUAAAUUCAGUAAUAUUGAAAUGUAGAGAAUAAAUUCUUUUUAAAAAAAAGUUCCUUUUAAAUGUAUCAGAAUUAAAGAUUUUAUAUUUUAUAUUAAUUUUUAUGGAAAAAAAAUUAUGAAUUUAAAACAGAAUCGAAAAUCUGAAUAAUUGUUUGAUUCGAGAGGGAUAAUAAGUUUUUUUAAAAUAAAAAUCAAAGAAAACUAUAAGUGUUAUUUUAUUCCACUUUUUUUUGAAUCUUCUUCGAAAUUGGCUAAAUAAUUUUCAAAAGUCAGUCAUUUUUUAAAAAAUUUGGGUUUUGUUAUUUUAAUUUUUAUUAAUAUUUUCAAAACAUUUUAAUAAGCUGAUAGUAAAAAAAGGGAGUAAAACAAAUUAGAGUGAAAGAAAUAAAAGAAAAUACUAACAGUUUUUCUUUUUGAUAUUUUAAUGGAAAAUUAUUAACCCUCAAAAAUCGGUGUUUCUUUUCCAAAGUCGUUAAUUAGUUUACUAGUGAUAAUAAAGCGGCAAUUAAGAGGAAAUGCAUAGAAAAAAGUAAAUUAAAUAAAAUCUCGAAUAAUAGACACGAAUAUUAUUCUUAAAGAUGUGAUAACAAUGACAUUUUAUUGCCUCGCGAUUGUAUAAAUAAGAAUGUGUUAAUAGAAGAAAAAAGAAAAAAAAUCUGUAGUCUUUGUAUGCAAUGAGUGAUAUUUAAGACAAAAAAAUGUUUGUUGCAACAAAAAAAAAAAAAAAAAGAAAACAAAAUAGCGUACAAAAUCGAAUUAUAUUAUAAUUCUGAGUGUUUGGAGUGCUUGGUUUUUUUGUGAAAGCGAUGAGUAUGCUGUGUGCGUGUGAAAAUCUUUGUAUAGUAUUCAUUAUACUUCCGAAUUGUACACUGAUAAAAAUGUGUGUAAAGGCUCUAAAGAAACGAAACAUGUUUAAAUAUGUAUAGUAACAAGUGCACAUAAACAGACAAAACGAAA